GGGAAGUCCAAAGAGGACAAUAUCUAUUAGCGGUGGGCUUGAACUGUUACGGAUAAGUAGUAGGUGCCAUCUCUAUCAGAUUCAUGGUCAGAAACAUCAUGAUCCGAGGCAGUGUAGGCAAACUUUCGAUCCUUUCUGAUACACCAAUUCUGUUUUCUUCCUACUUUUGGAAUGAUUAAAAGUGCUUUUUAGAACUGUUAGAAGUACUUUUCGUAAAGUUUAGAGAAAAGCCAGAACUUGGCUUAGAACAUUUUUGCAGCACUCAUUCUACACUGACUUUAAAUAUUGUUGGUUCAUCCAAUGACAGAGAGAAGGCAAAGCAGCAACAACAACAAGGGGGGAAUCCAUUAGGUUGAUAUUGGGGAAAGCGAACAAAGUGGCAGAAGCUUGCUGAUGAAACGGAUUUGAGUCUGUGGAGUGGAGCUCUGAUUCUGGGUCAUGGAUUAAGACGAAGAUCUGCUUGUUUCUGAGCGUGGAAGCUUUAGGGGAGGUUUUUGGUUCUUACUCUUUUGAAUAUUCAGUCUCUCCUCUGAUGGGUUUAGGCUGUUUUGUUAUGUUUUUUUGUUUUGAUGCCAUGGAUGCCUCGCUGCUGCUUUGAAUAGUGAUAUCUCAGAAGUGGUGUUCUUUUGUGUUUAAGUUAACUAUGGCUAUUAAUCAGAAACCUCGCCUCAAAGAUUCUGCUCUGAGACGUUUUAAAUUGGUUAUUCUUGUGACAUUAUUGGGGUUCUUGCUGUUUAUGAUCCUUAUGGAAACGAAUUUGUUUCAGAAUUUUGCUCCUUGGUCUUCUGAUAAUAUUCGUGAGGAUCCAUAUGCUGGCUUUGGUCGUUUUGAUUCUAAUGAUGAACUUAAGCUGCCCAAACAAACUGAGUUAUCGAUUCGUUUAGAAAAGCGAAAUCGAUUGCCACUUCGAAACUUAGAUCUGUAUCCAAAUCUAGCCAAGGAUCAUAUACCUAUUGUACUUUAUGUGCACAAUCGACCGCAGUAUCUUCGAGUCGUAAUCGAUAGCUUGUCCAAAGUUACAGGAAUAAGUGAAACCUUGCUAAUUGUUAGCCAUGAUGGGUACUUUGAAGAAAUGGACAAGCUUGUCCAGAACAUCAGGUUUUGCUCAGUGAAACAGAUUUUUGCUCCAUACUCUCCUCAUCUCUUUCCCGACAGCUUUCCCGGUGUCUCGCCUACAGAUUGUAUGGGGAAACAUUAUCCUAUGCUAACAACAAAUUGCAGAGGGAAUCCUGAUCAGUAUGGAAACCAUCGGUUGCCUAAAAUCGUUUCGUUAAAGCACCAUUGGUGGUGGAUGAUGAACACGGUGUGGGAUGGAUUGGAGGAGACGCGGGGGUUGUCGGGUCAUAUUUUGUUUAUUGAGGAAGAUCAUUUUAUAUUGCCAAAUGCGUAUCGGAAUCUGCAGUUUCUCGUGUCGUUGAAGCCUAAAAAAUGUCCUGAAUGCUAUUCUGUGAAUCUAGCUCCUAGUGAUGUGAAAUCAAGAGGUGAGGGUAACAAUUUUCUCGUUGCAGAGAGGAUGGGAAAUAUUGGUUAUGCUUUCAAUAGGUCUGUUUGGAAGAAAAUCCAUAAGAAAGCAAAGGAGUUCUGUUUUUUUGAUGAAUACAAUUGGGAUAUAACAAUGUGGGCAACCGUUUUCCCCUCGUUUGGCAGCUCUGUUUAUUCACUUCGAGGCCCUUGGACGAGCGCAAUUCACUUUGGCAAAUGUGGUUUACACCAGGGUCAGGACGAGGGGGAUGUUUGUAUCGAUAACGGUUUGUUAAACAUCGACGUUAAAGAUAUCGACAAAGUUGUGAACAUUAAUUCGGAGUGGCCAGUCGAAGUCUUCAGAGGUCAGCCUGGCUAUGGAGCUGGGUUCAGGGGUUGGGGAGGUUGGGGUGAUGAAAGAGACCGUCAGUUGUGUCUAAAUUUUGCUCAAAUGUAUCGUUCCACGCCGAACGUAUCCCGUUCAUGAAGAUUUGGUGACCGAAUAGUUUUUCCACUUGAAGUAGCUUAGAUGAUUCACUUAUGUGUGGUUUGUUGACAUGAUUACUCGAAGAAUCAUUAUCUGUAGGUCUACUGACUGUGUCUUCGAUCAUACGUUUAACACGGGAACGAGAUUUUGAUGCUUAUGAUAAAUGAUAUUGUCGAACUAUUCGUCCUGCGCCGGUCAGGUUAGAGUGACAAUGAUCUUCUUGACUGUUUUCCUCUCUAAAAUGGUAUCUAUGAUUUACUAGAACACCUUUUAGCUGCUCAAGAGAAUGGUUCCUUUUUAAGAACUUGGAUACUCAUGGACUUAGUUUUACAAGCUUUGUCUGUUCUUUCUAUCUUUGAAGCUGACAAGCAUGUAUUACUGCUUCUAGUUGCUUAUGAAUCUUCAUCUUGAAACCA